AUGAAGGAUAAUGCCGUCACUGUAAAGCACAAUCGCAACAGAGCACUCGCACCAGAAAGGCCUUCUCGGCAGAGAGGUAGACCCUUGAGAAGUUCAGCGUACCUAGAGCGCAACAGAAAGCACCACAUCAUCAACAAGUUACGAAAACAUCACGCGAAAGUACAAGCCGAGAUGGAGAAGGCGGCGGACAGACUGUCGACGUUCGAAAAGCUUCCUGUCGAGCUAAUCCAGCAGAUAUUCUUCUAUGCACUCGAGGUCAAUUUGCCUAGUGCAUCAAGACACCUACGACAGGUACUCUCGGACGAUCUGAUAUAUAAUGCUCUGAUCAUUCUUGCCUACUUUGACGAUGAUCUACGCAACCCAGUCGAAAGUAAACAUUUCUUGCCUGCAGAAUACCGCAGGCUCAGCUGUGACGGGAAGGUAAGUCUGCAGAAAAGCAUUUUCACCUGUCGAUGGUGUACAUAUCAACGAAUCGUGUCAUGUCUGCCCGCUCUUUCUAGAUUGGCAAUGGUUCAAGCAUGGCACUCGGAGCAUAGUCAAGAUGACUCACACGAGCCAGGCGUGGAUACAACAGGUCAAGAUACUCCAAUCGUUGCAAACCAAGCUAUUCGAGAGCUUGCGCCUUUGCCGAAACUAGAUGAGCUGGAGAAGCUCGAACAGCAUUACUUGGCGCGAGCAACUCUAGGAAAACUAGGCACCUGGGACGCCUCGAACGUCCACCAGAAUGGUUAUCUUCCGCGUAUUGUCACGUGGUCCUCGACACUAGACAAGCAGGGAGGCAUCCACAAGGGCAUCGACCGGUCUGUCACAAUUCUAGGGGCUCGUCACAUUUCAAGCUGGCUACUAGGCUGCAGUGUCUGGACGACUGAUCGACUGUCGUUGCUUCAAUUGCUUCGACAAGGCUAUACUUUUAUUCAAGAUGAUCACGUCAUGAGCAUAUCUGUACCAGCCGUCUUCGAAGGCAUGCGAAAUGCUAUCAGGACUGGUCACGCCAUUGCGUUGAAGACCUUGUUAGAGCUUCAUAGCGCCUUCUUCAAGACUGGAGCGUCGACCUUCCGAAGCAUGAUGUUUGUUCAAUUGACUCCGCCUACACUACACUCUCUACCUCUUGACCUAUUCCACCUAGCCGCUGAGCAGGGAACGCUUGCGACUGAACUUCUGACGCUGCUGCUUCGUGCAGGUAUUGACGCGUUGCCGCACGACGAUGAAGUGGUCACGACGUGGGCCGUGCACGAGUCUCACAACGGGAAUGCUCUUGCAGUGUGGCUAUUGAAACAUAUGGAAGGGACGGCCAACUAUGGACUACCUAGACGUAGCCACCUUUUUGUCGAUGGCUGCCUCUCAUGGCGGGCUAGAGGAGACUUCCCGUUCCCAGAAACCACUUUUGCCUUUGAAUUAGACUAUAUUGCAGGUACACCUGUAGCCCCUCUACUGAAGCCUGCAGACUAA